UUCUAUUUACAGCUACUGAGAUGAUAUGUCCGCAGUUAAUAUUUCAUCAAAAAGCCCUCGGGUUUAAUAAAAACCAGACUGGUACCAUUGCCUCCGUUAUUUCUGUCUCCACCAUUUUCUUCCCAUUCAUUGGUGGCUUCGUUGGGGAUAAAGUUGGUAACUACAGGAUCCUGAUGGCUACUGUUUCUAUAAUAACAGGAGGGAUUGCCUUGCUUUUUCCAUCAGCUAAAGUUGAGAUGCCGAUUUCGAAUUUCUCUAAUGCAACAUCAUCAAACAUUUCCUUUGAGGUCAAUAGCUCAGGUCAGGGCAACUCAAUGACCGAGGUUGAUGAUAAUCCGCUGGAAUGGAAAUUCUGGAUGUACCUUUGUGUUCGCACUUCUUAUGGGGUAUUUAACGGAAUAACUUUAGUCUUCUUUGAUGCUGCUGUGAUGGCUAACGCCCAAGAUUCAGAUGUCAACUUUGGCUACCAAAAAGCCUGGGGGACAGUGGGUGGCCGCAUCAGCUCUUAUGUGGGCGGGGUUAUUAUGGACCGGACAGGAAGCUUCAAUGAAAUUUUCCACAUCGCGGCUGCACUGCAAGUAAUUACGGGGCUGUUAAUGCUUGGCGUUAAUAUGGACUUCAAGAUGUCUUCUAUCUCACUCACUAGAGAGAUUUCCCAGCUCUUGUUCAGGGCAGAGCCUCUCUUCCUCUUUGGGGCUUUGUUUGUGGCAGGUAAGUGAAAA